ACGUCUAAACCAAUGAAAGCCCAACAAACAAUAUUUACCUCCUCUCCACGCUUAAUGCGUGAGCCGGCGAAGAAACAGCACCUGAAUAGUGACGACGCCUUAUAAGAGAUGAACCAUCUCGUUCGUAAAAGCUCCGUCGGUUACUCCGCCUUGAGGUCCGUCACGUACCUCCGUCAAUCGUCCGAUACCUUUCCUCCUCCGAUUUUCUCCGCCGCCGCAUCAACUGUUCGCCACUUCACCUCCGCCGGCUAUCCUUCCAACAGUUUUCAAUUAACGCCGCCGGUGAAUUGGGGAAUCCGGAUAGUUCCGGAGAGGAAGGCGUUUGUGAUUGAGCGAUUUGGUAAAUACGCUAAGACGUUGCCGUCGGGGAUUCAUUUCCUCAUUCCGUUCGUGGAUCGUAUCGCUUAUGUUCAUUCUCUCAAGGAAGAAGCAAUCCCGAUUCCGAAUCAGACUGCGAUUACUAAAGACAACGUUAGUAUCCACAUCGAUGGUGUUCUCUACGUUAAGAUUGUGGAUCCUAUGUUAGCUUCUUAUGGCGUUGAGAGUCCUAUCUAUGCUGUUGUACAGCUGGCUCAGACCACCAUGCGUAGUGAGCUUGGUAAGAUCACGCUUGAUAAGACCUUUGAAGAACGAGACACUCUCAACGAGAAGAUAGUGGAAGCCAUCAAUGUUGCUGCAAGAGAUUGGGGUCUUCAGUGCCUUCGUUAUGAGAUAAGGGAUAUUAUGCCCCCUCAUGGAGUGAGAGCUGCUAUGGAAAUGCAAGCUGAAGCUGAGCGUAAAAAGAGAGCCCAGAUUCUUGAGUCUGAAGGAGAAAGGCAAUCCCAUAUCAAUAUUGCUGAUGGUAAGAAAAGUUCUGUAAUCUUGGCAUCUGAAGCAGCAAAGAUGGACCAGGUGAAUCGAGCACAAGGUGAGGCAGAAGCAAUACUAGCUAGAGCACAAGCAACUGCGAGAGGCCUGGUCUUGUUAUCUCAGUCCCUCAAGGAAACUGGGGGAGUAGAGGCGGCGAGUUUGAGAGUUGCAGAGCAAUACAUUACAGCCUUCGGUAACAUUGCCAAAGAGGGUACGACAAUGUUGCUUCCAAGUACUGCUUCAAAUCCUGCUAGCAUGAUUGCUCAAGCUUUAACAAUGUACAAAAGCCUUGUCAUCAAUGGUCCAAGCAAAGAUCACCAAGAAACACAAGCACUUGAUGAAACAGACUUGGAAGAGUUGGAAGACAUGGGUGAGAAACAUAUAUCAGAAAGCUCUAAUAACCGAUCAGGCUCAACAUCCUUUGACACAGAGAAACCAGGUCACACCGGUGAACCACGAUUUUCUCUUCAGGACCGCAACAAGGAUCCGCGGUAGGCUGCCGAACCUGGGAUGAGAUAAAUUCUUUGGGCUUGAGGAAACUGGAAACCAUUUUUCAUCUUUCAAUAUGAGACAGUAACCAUCGUUCCCGUUUGAAUGGCUAGAAUAUCAUCACUUUGCAUAUAGAAAACAAAUCUGAACAUCGGUUCUCCGAGAAGAGUUUUCCUAGUACUGGAUUUGUUAUGAACAUGGUCCUUGUGUUCUUUAUUCACCUUUAUUCCCAAUGCAUUGCUUAUACAUGUAUCUGUUAUUAUUCGGUUCGGUUGCAGUAUGGCAAUAUAAUAAUUGAGGAGCU